UCGGAAGUGGAAGAGGAGGAUUGUCCCAUGGUUGUGAUCGUUCGCCAGCUCUGCAAAAUCUCCAUCGAAUCGAAGGCUUUAAGCCGUCUACAAUAUUCUUCAUUUUCAAACCACCACUAAAUCUCAAACCUAACCCUGAUCGGACAAGACUAAUCAUUACCAGUCUUUCAAAUUGAUCCUGAUCGCACUGUUUCAUCGUCAAAUUCAUCCCCUUUUGGGGCGAGGCGUAGCUCCGCCAGAACUCGAUUGAUUGGCUGGCCAGAGUGUUCAUCGGUCGGGAUUCUUCUUAUACCGUUGGGGAAGAGAAAUGAAGUCUUUUUCGAAGUGGGUCAAUAGAGAAUGUCGUUGAAAGCUAAGAAACUUUGAUAAUUCAAAAUGUGGUUUUCUUUCUGGCGAUCCAGAGAACGAUUCUCUUUAGAUGAACUCCGAUAUCUAACUGAUCAACUGGCAAAGAUUCAAGUUAUUAAUGAUGUUAACAAGGACUUUGUAAUUGAGGCACUUAGGUCCACAGCAGAGCUGAUAACUUAUGGAGACCAGCAUAAUUUGGCCUUUUUUGAGUAUUUUAUGGAGAAACAGGUUAUGGGGGAAUUUGUACGUAUAUUAAAGAUCAGCAAAACGAUAACUAUAUCACUUCAGUUGCUGCAGACUAUCAGUAUUAUGAUCCAAAACCUUAAAAAUGAAGAAGCUAUAUAUUACAUGUUCAGCAACGAACACAUAAAUUAUCUGAUUACUUAUUCUUUUGACUUUCGCAAUGAAGAACUGUUGUCUUAUUACAUUUCCUUUUUAAGGGCAAUUAGUGGGAAGUUGAACAAGAACACUAUAUCUCUGCUUAUCAAAACUCAGGAUGAGGAAAUUGUAUCAUUCCCUCUGUAUGUUGAGGGAAUACGGUUUGCCUUCCACGAAGAGAGCAUGGUUCGGACUGCUGUUCGUGCAUUGACACUUAAUAUCUAUCAUGUUGGAGAUGAAUCUAUCAAUAACUAUUUGGCUAGUGCUCCUCAUGGUGAUUACUUCAUUAGCUUGGUGAAAUACUUUCGAGAGCAGUGUCAAACUUUAAUCAGACUGGUUUUAGAUUCUGUAAAGAAUAAUAGCUCAGAGUCAACUGCACUUAUUCUUUCUGCAGCAGACGAAAUUGAAGACAAUCUAUACUAUGUUAGCGAUGUUAUUUCUGCUCGGAUUCCUGAUGUUGGGAGGAUAAUAAGAGAUGCCAUCUUGAAAUUUCUGAUUUUCCCUAUGCUACUGCCUUCGCUUGGGGAGGAAGCAGUUGGAGAGAAAAAUGUUGUUGCAGUUACUUCUUUCUAUUUGCUUUGCUCCAUUUUACGUAUUGUCAAAAUCAAUGAUCUGGCAAAUUCCGUGUCCGCUUCUCUAUUUUUCCCUCAAGAAACCUUCACACCAGACUCCAUGCUCAAACUUAAUGGACAAAUUUCUGAUGAUAGUGGCUCUGGUGAAAGUCAAAAGAUGGAUAAUUCUUCUGAUGAUAAUCAGAAGGUGCUUCAACCAAUAUGCAGGGUUACUGGGUCAGAUUCAUCAAGUUUUCCACAACUUCCAUUGGCAGAUGAAAAUUUACGAAAGGAUUCUAAGGGUUCACAAAAGACUUUGAGGGAAGCCUUGCUUUCUUAUGUUACUUCUGGUGAGGAUGAUCAAGUAUUUGGUUCAUUGAGCUUGUUGGCCACACUAUUGCAAACAAAAGAGCUAGAUGAAGUCAUGCUAGAUUUCCUUGGAAUUCUUCCGCAAAGGAAACAACAUAAGAAAUUGUUGCUGCAAGCUUUGGUGGGGGAGGGAGAGGGUGAAGAACAACUCUUUUCUCCAGAAAGUAAUUCAGUGAAGGAUGACAUAAUGAGUGAAGUUGAUAGCUACUUGCAUAGGCUACAGGACCAGUAUGGUUUGUCUUGUUCGCGUACAAAAGUUGAAGUGUGUCCUGUUACACACAGAUUUCAGGUGCUUGAUGCAUUGGUCAGUGUCUUCAGCCAGUUGAAUAUAUCUGCGGAUACCUUGUGGGAUGCUGGUUGGCUCCUUCGUCAAUUACUUCCAUAUAGUCAAGCAGAGUUCAACCAAAGCCAUCUGAAAUUACUUCAAGAUUCUUACAAGAAAUGUUCUCUUGACCUUCUUGCGGAAACGAGAGGAAUUUGGCCUGAUCUACUUAUAACAAUAGUUAUGGAUGAGUGGAAAAAGUGCAAGCAAGCUAUUGAGGCUUUAUCCCCUCGGGGAGAUCCUAGACGCUUAUUAUUGCCAACAAAAAAACCUUCUUCUGAAGAAGUUAUUCCGGCUGAGUCAUCAAUAGCUGUUGGUGAAAGGAUGUAUGAGAUGGUGAAGAUUUUCAUCCUUCUCCAUCAGCUUCAAAUUUUUGCCCUUGGUAAGCCUUUGCCUGAUCAACCCACUAUCCACCCUCCUUUUGAUAUUCCUGAAAUAUCUCGAGCAAAGACUGUGGGCCUUGAUGCUUCCGGUCCAAAACCAGGAUGUGAAAUUAAAGUUGUUGAUGCAGUGCCUUGUCGAAUUUCGUUUGAGAGGGGAAAGGAUCGACACUUGUGCUUUCUAGCAGUGGCAGUUGGAAUAUCCGGGUGGCUUAUUCUUGUGGAAGAAUUGCAUUCAAAACCGGGCUGUGGGAUUGUUCGUGUUUGUGCACCUUUGGCUGGAAGCAAUCCGAAAAUGGAUGAAAAACAUACAAGAUGGUUACACCUUCAAAUACGUCCAUCCACUUUUCAUCACGCGGAUGCUGCCAAAUCUUCCGGUAAUAGUAAAGUGAAAUCAAACGGAUUGGUAGAUGGAAGAUGGACUUUGGCUUUCAGAACCGAGGCAUCAUGUAAGAUGGCUUUAGAUAUGGUUAUGGAGGAGAUUUGUUCUCAAAACAAUGAGGUGGAAAGACGACUACAACCUUUACUUGAACUGGAAAGGGAUUUCGAUUCGCCAAACCAUUCUUUAUGAGAAUACAUGUAAAUAUUUAUUGGGCAAUCAUCAUACAUAGGUAGAACCACCAAAUGUAAAUUGGAGUUUCUGGUUAGAAAAUCAAAUUGUUUCCUCUUUUUACCAUUUUCUUUUUUUGGGUACAUGAGAUUAUCUUUACCUGGUUUAUAAGGUUUUCUAACAAUGACAUCUUUCUUGUUUGUGACUUCUGUAUACUAUGUAACAUUGACUGAUCUUAGCUUUAGCUAAAGCAAAUAAAUUUUGCAAGGUUUGACUGUUU